UACAUGCCGGUGCUUGUACAAGCUUUCAGCACGCGAGUCUCGUCUAAAUUAAAAUAAAAUUAGCAUGCACAUUGCAAUAAUUACCUGUGAAUUGUGACAUGUUAUUAAUAAAACGCUGUCUGUUAAUUUGAAAUGAGUUGAAACCAAUGAUAUGAAACGUCGUACAAUACUCAAGUUUGUUUGAUUUUUGUUUGUAAAUCAUAAUUGUGGGAAGUAUUUUGAUUCAAUUAAAACAAUAUCAACUCAAUGUGAUGCUUCAGCAAGAAACAUGCCAAGGAACAGUGUUAUUGUGACGAGAAUGAAACGGUACUCUUUUAGAAAAGAGCAAUUUAAGUGUGUGUGAGUGUUCAUAAUGUAACAAUGUGCACGGUUAAGUGGAUCCGGUUGUUUGUGUUGCUGGCUGCUUGCUGGGCUCAGGAAGGGGAGUGGAGUGAAGACGCAGAGGACCUCGUAUCAACAGUGGACGUGGACGCAGUGCUUGGACGCACCGCGUCUCUGCCGUGUGACGUCACGCCGGACGCCAACGAAGACCGAGUAUACAUGGUGUUGUGGUUUCGAGCUGGCAAGAGCACCGGUGGAAAACCCAUCUAUAGUUUUGACGUCCGCGGGCGUUCUUUCAACAAAGCGCUGCAAUGGUCGGAUCCCAAUGUGUUCGGUCCACGCGCCUACUUCGCCACCGUGGCACGGCCCGCCGCCCUCACCCUCGACACGGUGCAACUCGACGACGAAGGCGUGUACCGCUGCCGCGUGGAUUUCAAAAACUCACCCACAAGGAACUUUCAGAUACGACUUUCCGUUAUAGUACCACCACACCAGCUGAUACUGUACGACAAGUCGGGUCGUGACGUUUCCGGUGUCGUGGGGCCGUUAGAGGAAGGGAACGAACUGGUCCUUGUUUGUGAAGUCAGAGGAGGUCGACCUUCUCCAACGAUUAUUUGGCUUAUCGAUGGUGUGCCGGCACCACAGUACAUCGGCGAGAAGACUGACUCACACGUGGUGGUCAAUAAGCUGGAACUACCUCAUGUCAAGCGAUCCCACUUGAACACAACUUUCAAGUGCCGAGCCUCCAACACUAACCUCGUCAGCCCGCAAGAAAAGACAGUCAGAUUAGAAAUGAACUUGCGGCCGACGUCAGUGCAGAUAGUAAAGAAGCCGGCGACGCUAUCGUCGGAACGCUACGUGAGCUUAUCGUGUGUGUCGGAGGGAAGCCGCCCGCCGGCUCAGCUCACUUGGUUCAAGGACAAUAGGAAAUUCACUAGGGGAAAGAUAACAGAAGGUACGAACGACACGUGGGUGAGCAGCACGCUACAGUUCGCGGCGCUGCCGGAGGACGACGGCGCGCUGGUCAAGUGCCAGGCGGACAACAGCGCGCUACCCGGCCAGAGUAUAGACGACUCCUUCAAGCUUGAUGUCGUGUAUCCGCCCGUUGUAUCAUUAUCAUUGGGAAGUACCCUCAACCCUCAUGAAAUCAAAGAAGGUGAUGACGUGUAUUUCGAAUGUUCAGUUCGCGCCAAUCCCAAAGAGCAUCGCAUCUCCUGGUACCAUAAUGACAAGCCGGUAGUGCACAACGUGGUGCUUGGCGUGAUAGUGAGCACCAAGUCGCUGGUGCUGCAGAAGGUGACGCGCGAGCACAGCGGCGGGUACUCGUGCCGCGCCACCAACGCGCUCGGCGAGACCGCCAGCCGCGCCACUCACUUGAGCAUACAGUAUGCUCCGGUUUGCACACACACAUCGCCGCAAGUGCUGGGCGCGCAGUUGGACGAGACGCUGCGCGUGCGCUGCUCCGUGACAGCCAACCCGCCUGACGUCACGUUCUUCUGGCAGUUUAACAACAGUGGAGAAAGUCUCGAUGUUUCACCUUCCAAAUAUGGCACAGCAAACGGGAGCACCAGCGAGCUGAGCUACAAGCCGCAGAGCGAGCGCGAGUAUGGCGCGCUCAGCUGCCGCGGCACCAACUCCGUCGGGCGCCAGCUCGAGCCCUGCGUCUUCCAGAUUGUUCCCGCCGCUCGGCCAGCACCUCCCAGAAACUGUUCGCUCCAAGCGGGCUCCAACACCACAGAAGGUAUGGCGGUAUUGUACGUGCGCUGCGUCGCUGGUUACGAUGGAGGUCUACCGCAGACCUUUGUGUUGGAAGCGUUGGACCCCAUCACGAACAACAACAGAUAUAACAGCACCGUUAAUGAUACUGAUGGCUUAGUGACGUUUAAAUUAGAUCUCGGCCAGCUGUCACCGGGCGACGUAGAGGGCGCCACGUUUAAUCUACUCAUUUAUGCAAAAAACCUUAAAGGCGAGUCGGAGAGAACCCUGCUGGAAAACAUUGCGUUCAAUGACGCUGCAAGGAGGACUGAUGGUAAGAGCGCGAUGGGCGGGGCAACUCUCGGCAUCCUCGUAGCGGCCGGGCUGGGCGCGCUGCUCGCGCUGGGCGGGCUGUCGCUCGCCGCGCUGCUGGCCCGGCGGCGCCGCGCGCGCGCGCCCCACAAGCACCCGCCCGGCGACAUGCUGGAACUCAGCGACGGCGGCCGGCGCUACGUCGUCGCCUACACCAUCAAGCCCUCUGAGUCCAAGGAGCCGCAGCCGGACAUACUGAACCCGCCAGAUGGCGAAAGUCAGAACGUCGUUCAGGCAAAUACGGAUUCAGAAGAAUGGACUACGGUACGGGAAGUUAAAGGUGACUGGUCUAAAACUGGAGCAGUAUUCUCUGCCGAGGAUUUAGCACUUUUGGACUCAGCGGGACGACCACAACAACUCACUCCCGGCAGCGACAUGACACCCAUCAGUAGACAAGAAGAUGCAAUAAAUCAAAAUUUAUCACAACCUCUAUUAGCGAAUAACUUCAGACCUAACCUAAGUCCAACAUUAGGAAGCCCAAACUUCGUAUGUCCAAACGGCAAUGUUGGCUCACCAUUUGGAAGUCAAACUUUAGCAUUAAGCGGACCAACGUUAAGUUCUGGAAGUCUCGCAACGUCGACUUUACAUAGAAAAGGAAAGACUAACGUGAGGAGAAGAGAACACGUUUUAGCAGAAAACUUACCAGGCCCGGAGAGUUGUGUGUAAAAAACUUUAAGAAUAAAUGCUUAAAACUUUUGGCCUAACUUCUUUUCCUAACGACUACCUUCAGGCGAGUUUAAUAAAUUGUCUAUAUUUUAUGACUCAGCCGAGUCAUAAAAUAAUAUUGGUUUGAUUGAUUCAUGGAAUCCUUGAAACUUUU